AUGGCGGUCACCUUGGCCAGCAAAGCCCACGUUGGAGAAUGGGUGGACAAUCUUAUCCAGACGUACAAAGUUUGUGUUUUCUCCAAAAGCUAUUGCCCCUAUUGCCAGAAAGCGAUCGCCGCGCUUCAGUCUGUCAAAGCGCAGGACAUGCAUGUUGAACAAAUCGAGAACAACCCGUACAUGGAUGCUAUCCAAGACUACUUGGGAAAGAAAACAGGUGCUCGCUCGGUUCCCCGCGUUUUCAUCGGGGGACAGUUCCUCGGUGGUGGCGAUGACACGGUGCGGGCCAAAGCCAAUGGCUUUCUUAUCGAGAAGCUCCAAGCAGCUGGAGCACUAUAG